AUGUGCAUUGUGCCUUCCUCGUUCGUUCAGGUUCAAAGUCACUCCUUCCAUAUCUGGCAUGUUUACCUUCAGUCGUGCCUUCUUGAUAAAUUGGAAUUUAUACUGCCGUACCAGGAAAGAGCAACCACUUUAACAGGAAGGAAAGACCACUUCAACAGGAAGGAACGCCCACUUCAACAGGAAGGAACGACCUUGAUUGCUGCUUCCUUUCCAGGGUACAUUCCAUACAAGCCGGGGAAAUUAGGGCAACUAUCCCAUUUGCCCUCUUUUUCCCCGGCUGUCGCAGUUGCCUCUAGCCCUCCCAUGCUCCCACCAUGCUCGCGUACGGGCUACAUCUCUCCUUGA